UAAUCAACGACUCUCCAUUAUUCGCGAAUUUCCGCAUUUAAUUUUUCUCUACCUGUCAACCCACCCCUCUCUCUCUCUCCCCUCAAAUUUGAAUGGUUAGAGCAUCAAUUUUGUGGCGAAUUCGCUUUGUAGGUAGCUGAAAUCGAUCGACUCACGGAAAUGGCGAUGUAUGUAGACGAGGCUCGCUUUCAUUAAUUGCUAAGGGAGAGUUGAUUGAUUAAGUGAACAAUUCCUUCUUUUAUUUUCUUCAAGGCCCUACGCUUUUCAAUCUGCGGCGUCGUUUAAGGAGGAGGCCAGAUCGUGAUGUCAGAGGCACCGUUGAUGGUGCGGGAAGUGGAUCCGCUGCUCAAGGAUCUGAGCGAGAAGAAGCAGAGUUUCCGGCGAAACGUGGUGUCGCUCGCGGCGGAGCUCAAGGAGGUGCGCAGCCGCCUGGCUUCUCAGGAGCAGUCCGUUGUCAGAGAAACCCUAACUAGACAGGAAGCAGAAACUAAACUGAAGAAAAUGGAAAAGGAGAUUUGUCAGUUGGAGAAGAGUUUAGAGGAGAAGAAUGCGCAGCUACAGGCCUCAAAUACUGCUGCUGAAAUGUAUGUCAAAGAAAUGGAUGAUCUGAGACUACAGUUAUCGUUAACCAGGGCAACUGCUGAUGCAAGUGCACUAUCUGCACAAUCUGCACAGAUGCAGUGUUCGGCUCUGGUAAAAGAAUUAGAAGAGAAAAACUGCUCUUUACUAGAGCAGAAGACUAGUGUAGAUAAACUGAGAGAGCAAUUAGAUCUUUUACAGAAGGAUCUUCUAGCCAGAGAAGUUUCUCAAAUGCAAUUAAAAGAUGAAGUAUCAAAAAUUGAGCAUGAGAUCACGCAAGCAUUAACCAAGGCGGGAGCAGAUAAAGAUUGUGAGCUCUGGAAAAUUUUGGAUGAGACGUCUCCAAAAAAUUACAAGAAUAUCAAUAAGCUUUUAACAAUCAAAGAUCAAGAAAUAGCAAAGUUGAAAGAUGAAAUCAGGUUUAUGUCUGCUCACUGGAAGCUGAAGACUAAAGAGCUCGAAUCUCAGCUAGAAAAGCAUCGUAGAGCAGAUCUGGAAUUGAAAAAGAAAGUCCUAAAGUUGGAGUUCUGUCUUCAAGAAGCACGAGCUCAAACGCGCAAGCUCCAAAGGAUGGGAGAGCGAAGGGAUAAAACUCUAAAUGAACUAAGAGAUCAGUUGGCAGCCAAGGAACACGCUAUGUCUCCUGGUGCGAGCAGCAACAAGCACAACUUCUGGGAAAACUCAGGUUUCAAGAUUGCUGUUUCCAUGUCGAUGUUGGUCUUAGUUAUGUUCUCAAAGAGGUAAGUGUUGUAGAUUAUUUAUGUGCUGCUUUUGUAUAUGAGGAUUAGGUAAGAUUAUUUUAGAUUAGAAUCAUAGAUGAGUAGCUUAGUGGGGAAGACCUUAUUUCAUUUGUAAAAAAUUAUGUACUAUUUGUAGUAGGGCCUCCAUCAAUUUUUCAUUGCGCUGUCGAGGCCCCUCUCUAUUAUGAAUAGAUGCCCUUGUUAUACGUCCACAA